AUGUCGCUUAUUUUUCGUAGACUAGCGCGAAACAAUCCGAGGAACAUAGUUACAGAUGCCCAAAUACUUGUUAUAUCGUGUCGCAAGUUGAGCUUAGUCCCAUCCUUAUACGAUGGAGACCAAGACCCUGCACCGAAGUUCUUUUCUUCCAACGUUCAAAUAUUGUUGAAACGAUUGACUCGGCCGGACUUCAACAAAGUAUUUCGUAAAAGAACAAAUCAUGGUUUGAGUGUCCUGAAGACACCAUCGUACAAGUUUUUAACCAACGAAGAGCUAGAGCAGGAAAUCGCUAAAGCGAAUGAAAAAGCUGAUAGAUUACUUCAAAUGCCACCAGUUGUUAAGAUCCAGCAACACAUUGAAGAUGUGUUAUCCAAUGACCCAGCUCUGAUAGGAUAUGAUACAUCAAAGUAUAUAUUUACCGACAUUACUUUUGGUGUUGCUAAUGAACACAGAAUUAUUAUUGAACGUGACCCUGAUGGCACUCUUCGUAGCUGUGAUCACGAUGUCAGAAAAAGAUUGAAUCAGGCAUAUUUCCCUCUGAAUGGUCGCAAGCUACGUGAGCCAUCGAUGUUUGCGGACAUAGAAAAACUGAACAGCUUACUGGACAGAGAGAAGUAUGAGUUUGUGCUGGACCGUGCCUGUGUGCAAUAUGAGCCUGAUGAGCCAUCCUACCAGCGAGUCACCAGCAUUACCUACCAACAUGUUGAUAGCAAGAGCAAGUAUGAGUUGCUGAGAUCAACUCGCCAUUUCGGUCCAAUGACCUUCUACCUAACUUGGCACAAAAGUAUAGACAACUUGAUGCUGGAGCUGAUCCAGGGUGGGGCGGUCAGGGAGGCGGUACUUCUGACUGCAUUGAGGCAGGACAUACACGGCGAUGUCGCUAAUGGAGACGUAGCAAGGACCUUAGCUCAGCAAAUCUUACCCACUCCAGUGCAAAUGACGAAACCAGAGAGGCUUACAGAAGAAGACAUUCAGCUGGACAGCAAGUGUGUUGAGUGUAUAGAGAAGUACAUUACUGGUACUUCCAGCAUGAAGAGUCAGCAGGAACUGGCCUUGCAGGGCUUCAGGGAAUACUACCAGCAGCUGAUCGAACUAAGCAGGGGCUUGAAGAAAGCGCACGGCAAACAAUAA